AUGGAUUUUUUGCUUCAAGUGAAAAUAGGUGCUCUCGUCGGCUUGUUGCUACUAACCCUUUUUUUUGGAUUCAUCCCCGCCAGAGUCAAAUGGUUCAGAGACACAAACGGGACAGAGACUCAUCGCACAGUUUUGAGUCUGAUAAGCUGCUUCGCUGGUGGAGUUUUUCUGGCAGCAUGUUUGCUCGAUAUCAUUCCGGAUUAUCUGGCAGACAUCAACGCUGUGCUGGACUCCAACAUGAUAGAGAUAGACUUCCCCCUUCCUGAGUUCAUCAUGGCUGCAGGUUUCUUCACAGUCCUGAUAUUGGAAAGGAUCGUCUUGAACUGUCGGGAGACUAGGGGGACUCUGGACGAGCAGCAACCCCUUGUACAGGAAAACAGAAAUGGCCACAACCACGUCCACGGUGCUACCAGGAGUACAGAUCUGGAGAGCAGCGGCCACCACGUCCACGUUGACUUUGAGGCUCACUCACCUUUUCGCUCGUUCAUGCUCUUUCUCUCGUUGUCGCUGCACUCAAUUUUUGAGGGGCUCGCUAUUGGGCUACAGAACACUGACUCAAAGGUGUUGGAGAUCUGCAUCGCCAUUUUAGUACAUAAGAGCAUCAUCGUGUUCAGUCUAUCAAUCAAGCUGAUCCAGAGUGCAAUUCGUCCCAUGUGGGUGGCCGCUUACAUUGGAGUGUUUGCCGCCAUGUCCCCAAUAGGCAUCGCCAUCGGCAUCAGCGUGAUUGAGGCUCAGCCACCUGCCGGCACACUCAUCCAGUCCGUCCUGGAGGGCCUGGCCGCGGGGACCUUUAUCUACAUCACCUUCCUGGAGAUCCUCCCACAUGAGCUCAACUCCCCCGGGAAGCAGAUGCUCAAGGUGCUCUUCAUCCUGCUGGGCUUCAGUGUCAUGGCCUCACUCACGUUUUUGGGCUGA